AAUUUUGGAAUUUCCAUAUGCAUAGCAUUUCGUAACGAAUGUGAAAGAGCGAAUGACCAACAGUCCUUCUGUUUGGACACAUAUAUUGCUGGCGAGUUACAUAGGACAAUACACCAUGCUUGAAUGAUAACCUACAAAUGCAUCAAUAGUUCUUAUAAUUUCGUGGAUAUGACACCCAGGAUAAAGCUCUGAAAUGGCUUCUGAACAUAGCUAUAACAAGAUUGUAUACACAGUCCAUAGUCUGAUAGAAAAGGGAGAUUUGAUCAAACUGAAAAAGUUAUUACGGGACAAGACCUCGGAAGAAAAGAAAACUAUUGUUAAUGAAAAAUUUAAAAACAAUACUGCCCUCUUUAGUUCUUGUUUUCGAGGGAAACUUGACAUAGUUCGUUACCUACUAGACAACUGUAAACCAGACUUGGAAGCCACUGGCACACACAUAGUAGAGGAGGACGAACAUUCUGAACAUAUCGUGCCACCAAUAUGGAGUGCUGCAAUUUCUAAUAAGUUAGAUAUUGCAAAAGCACUAAUAGAGAAAGGGGCAAGUGUGCAUGGAUGUUCAGAUACAAAGUCCACAGCUGUAAGAGCAGCUUGUUAUAGCAAUAAUGUGGAAAUGGUCAGAUACCUUGUGGAACACGGAGCCGAUGUCAACAUCCCGAACAAAAAUGGUGCAACAUGUCUGAUGAACGCAAUAGAAUGCAAGGAACUUUGCGAAUUUCUCAUUCAAUCUGGUUCAAAUGUAAAUGCACAAGAAACGGGGAGAGAUAGGUUGACUGCAUUACAUUAUGCUGUUAACUACCAAAAGCUUGAUACGAUUAAAGUUUUAUUACAGCAUGGUGCCGAUGUGAAUUUGAAAACAAUCGAUGGGAUAUCACCUGUUCUAUUGGCUGCCCUUCUUAAUCUGGAAGUCAUUACAACCUUUUUCACCAACAAUGACGAUCUGCCAAUUCCCAUUGAGGAUAAGAUAAAUGCCACUGAACUGUUAGGUGCCAAAGCUGUGGACUAUUCAGAAUAUAAUGAGGCAAAGGAGUGGUGGAACCAUGGCAUACAGAUGAGAGAACAACAUCAGAUACCAAAACAGUUACCGGACCGCAAGGCUAUUUAUGGGGAUGCAAAGGAACCAGAAACAAGGUAUGAACUGAGCCGUCACGAAACCACAUCAUUAAACAUGUAUCUACUUGCAGCUCUUGUAAAGGAGAGGAUACUUGGACCCUUGAACCAGGAUUCACUUCUUGGUGCUAUUCAGUAUGGCUGGGAACUCCGUGGGUCAGGGAAAUUUCGAAAGGCACUGAACAUAAUCUUGUAUUGCUACAAUGGAUACAGGGUAAAGGAGUGGUAUUUACUGGACAACUGUCUUAUUGCCAUAUCUCAGGUGCUGAAUCUGACAGCUCUGAUACUGAAGGAGGAGGAGAACGAAGCUAAAACAGAUGAACACUUUAACAGCAUGUCCGACUUUCUCCGUAAACUGGUAGACCAUUUGAUGAAGGCGACGCCAGUGCAGAAGGCGAAAUCUUCCCUUCGGGACGAGAAACGUAACUACCAGCAGUUAAUGCUGCUACUGUUGGAUUGUGUUUCUCUGUUGAUCCACGUUGUACCAGAUGAGAACAGUUUCGAAGACAUCAGUAUUGUAUUGAAAACAGUUCUGAAGUACGACCCUCGGGGUCUUCAGAGACAGACUUUGCUUCAUAUGGCUGUUGACACAUCUACAACGAAGAGAUUGUAUGAAUCAGGAGGACUGAGUGCAAUCAGAGAUGAAGCCGCCUUGGUCAGGACUCUGCUAGAAUGUGGAGCGCAGGUCAACGCUGGGGAUACAAAUCAGAACUCGCCAUUGUACUGCCAUAUCAAGGUCAUUGGUGGCAUCGGCGUGAUACACCAACGGAACAUCCUGGACCUGCUCCUAGAGCACGGCGCACACGUGGACAUGUGUAAUGACGUUGGAGAGACUCCUCUUGGCAUUUCCAAACACAACUUUGUAACUCUUCAUGAAGUCAAGCAUACUAAACUCCAGUGCUUAGCGGCCAAUAUCAUCAACAAAUUUAACAUUCCUUUCAGAUUUGAUAUACCAGUUAAUCUGAUAAGAUUUGUGGAGAUGCACGGAGCACAGUCAAAUAUCAAACAAGUUCAUAUGUGAUCAAAAAAAAUAGUCUUGGUGAGAGGAAUUGGAAUGUUUAAAGGGGUUUUAGUUGCAAGUGUUGCAUUGUUUUAUCUUUGCUCAUGUCUAUCAGCUACUUGCCCUACGUUGGAAUGCUAAAACAACGGAUUAUCUGCAAGAUUUGAAGUGCAGAGUUACGAUUCUGACCACAUUUGUGCAUUUAAUUACACAAAUGUAAUCGUUCCGUAGACAGACAAAAUUUACCAUCAACAUCUUGUAGUUAAAGCAUGCUCUUAAUAUGUUUAUUCGCCGCGAACUCUCUGAAAGUGUCGUCCAAAAAUAGAGGCUCAGAUUCCAAUUUACUAUCCUGAACGCCAUCAAUUAGUAUGAUGUCUUGGCGGGUGUAACACACUCUUGAGUACUUCCGUAUGAAGCUGAACGUUAUUUUUCAACUUACUAGUAAUCUAACAUUUUUUUUUGUAUCAUAUUUCUUUUGUUUGUUCGGUAUUUUUCUAGUCUCUUAUACUUUGUAUGCUUAAAUCUCAUCGAUUUUAUCAAUUGUAGUCCUCGGUCGAGUUAAACGAAUUACUCGAAAAAGUACACGUUUGCCAUAUAAUACACUCUUGGCAAUAAGGGAGUCUGGAUCUAUCAACACUAUCGAGAGUACACCUGAUUCUGUGUGCCAAAUUGCAUUAAAAUUAGACGAAAAACGAUUUGGAACAUAUUAAAAAAAGACAGUAGCAUUGAAUCCAAUUGGAACUGACAUAACACAAAAGACUGGUAUCAAGUCACUCUACAUGCAGAUGCAAUAGUUCAUAGGGUUCAGAUGUGAAAUUCAAAAUUUUGAAGCGAUUAUUUCCAUCAUAUUGAUAUAUUUUCUCAAAGAUAUGUUUAAGAUAUUGGAAAACGUUGGAGUUGCCUCUUCAUUAAAAGCUGCAUUUUGAGACGUACAUUAUGGAUUCUGUCAAAACGUGAAAUAAAUGUGCCAAAUGACAACGAUAACUAACAACCUGUUAAUUAGAGAUAUAUUAUUGUAUUUAAUCUGCAAUGUCCGAUACAUGUACUGUGUUUACUAAUGCCACAAUGUAAUACAUAUAUUUCUAAAUAUAUCAAACGAAUUUUCCCUGUAUUUAUGCAUUUGAAGUAACACUGUCUACAUUUCCUACCUUGCUAUUUUUACGUAUUAAGAUUAAAACAUUUGUUCACAGAGUUUUGUGUAUAAUUCAACCACUUGUGAUAAAUAUGGAUUUAUAUUUAUUUUUUGGACAUAUGGAUUUUCUGAUUAUGAGAUUGAAGCUUUGACUAAUGCAUGGUGUCCUUAAAUAAAAUAUCUUUUAGAAAUCCUGAUUUUAUUUGUCUACGCACCUCAAAUAUGCGAAUAUGAUAUGAAUUUUCAUAGUGCACUUUUAAUCCCUAUUCUGAUUUUACCUACCCUACGUGUUGCCAAAAUGGUGGCAACUCCUGUUGAACGUCACUCCGGGUUUCCAUGUGUUGUUGCAAAAGUUUCAGAUCAGUCGGUUUUCGUCUCCAUCUUUUUUUCAUUUGGGAGUAAGAAAUGUAUUUUUGUUUGUUUUUGUUUUACUCUUUCCUCAAUUUCUGCCCCCCCCCCCCCCUUCGAAAUGCCUUUUACUGCCUCCCCUCCCCCCUUUUCGGUAAAACAAUGUCUUUAACUGACCACCACCACCACCACCACCACACACAGGAACAGCACUGUGAAAUAUAUGCAUUUCGAUUUUACGAACACUAAAUACAUGCUAUAAGUCAGGGAGGAGUCUGGGAGAGAAGUCAUUACGACGUAAACAUGUGACUAAAGUUGUUUCUUAGAAAUAAUGCGAAUAGUCGAACUGAUCAAGUGACUAAAUUAUAUUGAAAUAAUUUAAAAGUUGUAAGACGUCCGAAGCAUUUGCUGCUGCUAGCAAAACCGAAUUAUUUUCGCUUGUACUUGAGGAAAUAAAAGCUAACGCAGUGUCGCAAUUUCGAAAUUGAUGUGUAUGCAUUGUUCCUUGACUAAACUAUUUUGUCGUGUUGAUUUUGCAGAUUCAUAGUUUCGAGACAUUUUUUACGAACAUUACCCUGUUUCAAAUGUACAGUGGUUAAAAAAGAUACGCUGCUUUAACAAGGUUAUGGACCGUUUUCUAAACAUUUUCUUCAGGUUGGUAAGUAUGGAUUGUGAAAAGUUCUUUUUACACAACCAAUA